GCUCUCGACGGAAGCAAAGAUAUUUCCAGAAAGAAUCCACACCAGCCUGCAAGGAGAGAAGCAGACCGGAGUGGGGUCUGUGUCCCUCCCAAAAAAAAAACAACCAAACCCCAGAAUAAACACUAAAAUCGUGCCCCUUUCUAGAACAGCAGCCCCCGGUUUGCACCUGCAAAUCGCCAGUUUUACCGUUUGCAAGCUAACAGUAAGCAAGGGGUGAAGAUGGUGGACUAUAGCGUGUGGGAUCACAUCGAGGUGUCCGACGACGAGGAUGACACUCACCCCAACAUCGACACGGCCAGCCUGUUUCGAUGGAGGCACCAGGCGCGCAUGGAUCGAAUGGAGCAGUUCCAGAAGGAGCGGGACGACCUGGAGAAGGCGCAAGGGGACUGUAAGCGCAAGCUCUCGGAGGUGCAGAGGAAGAUCAAGGAGCUGGAGGUGUCGGGGACGGACGACGCCAAGAGCGAGCUCCGGAAACUGCAGCAGGAGCAGCAAGAGCUGAAGAAGGAGGAGAAGAGCUGUGAGAAGAAGCUGGACGAGCAUCGCAAACAGGAGAAGAAGAUGCCCUGGAACGUGGACACGCUGUCCAAGGAGGGCUUCAGCAAGAGCGUCUUCAACGUGAAGCCAGAAGUCAAAGAGGAAACGGAAGAAGAAAAAGAACAGAAGCAUAAAACCUUCGUGGAGAAAUACGAGAAGGAGAUCAGACAUUUCGGUAUGCUUCGCCGCUGGGACGACAGUCAGAAAUAUUUGUCAGAUCAUCCACAUCUUGUCUGUGAUGAAACCGCCAACUACCUUGUCAUAAUGUGCAUCGACCUGGAAGUUGAAGAGAAACAUGCCUUGAUGGAGCAGGUCGCUCAUCAGACAAUAGUGAUGCAGUUUAUCCUGGAGUUGGCCCGGAGCCUCAAAGUGGACCCGCGAGCUUGUUUCAGGCAGUUCUUCACCAAGAUCAAGACAGCGGACCAGCAAUACCAGGAUGCCUUCAACGACGAGCUGGAAGCCUUUAAGACGCGCGUCCGGGAACGAGCCAAGGUGCGGAUUGAGAAGGCGAUGAAGGAGUAUGAGGAAGAGGAGCGGCAGAAACGCCUGGGACCUGGUGGGCUGGACCCUGCCGACGUCUACGAGACCCUGCCUCCGGAAAUGCAGAAGUGUUUCGAUGACAAAAACAUUCAGAUGCUGCAAGACGUUAUCAGUAAAAUGGACCCUACGGAAGCCAAGUACCAUAUGCAGCGAUGCAUCGAUUCGGGACUGUGGGUCCCCAACUCCAGAACGGCAGAGGAAGAGGGUGAUAAAGAAGAGCAGGGGGAGUCGGUUUACGAGGAGCUAAAGAAGGAGACUCAGGAGGAGGAGAAGAAAUAAAGAAAUCACUAAAUGCAGACCUGUUGAAUUGCACCAGUUUCCUGAUAGAUAGUUAGGGUCCCCCCCCCCGUCAUGUACCACACCCCCUCCUUCCUUCCCUCCCUCUCCCUGCGAGUAGCCUGAUCACUCUGUUAUAUUGGCAUGUAGUUGCAGCUUCACGCCUGUGAAAACAUGAUUGCAUGUCCUUUUGGUUCAUUUGCAAACCUCUCUGGUUUGGCAGAGAACUUAUCAAGAAUGACGUGUUUAGUUGAAAGUAAAAGAUACAGUACUUUUCUUUGAUAACAGUAUUUCGACUUUUUUUUUUUUUUCUUUUCUUUGUCUCUCUGUCUUGCAUUGGAACAAACCUGGCGCCGUUUUAUUUUAUUUCUUUGUGUUUUCAAAAUCUUUUUUUUUAAUUCGUAGGCUGGUAUUUUCUGUCUUGCAUUAAGUCACGUGCUGGCUCUAAAUAAUAAUUUGCUUUUACUUGCA